UUUACACGUAUUGAGUUUUUUUACAUUUUAGCCUAAAUGUAUGACAAAAUUUGUUUUGGAUUUUUUUUUACUGGACAUGUUUAUUUGCAAAAUUUUAUAAUAAAAACACUUUUUUUCAAAAUUUUUAGACAUUUUCAUUUACAUAGCAAAAAAAAUAAAAAUCCCAGUGGUGAAUAAAUACCAACAAAAUAAAGUUUUAUUUGUCUCAAGCAAAUGCUAAAAGAUUCAUAUGGGUACAGUGUUGCAUGACCGCACAAUUGUCAUUCAAAGUGUGAUAGCGCUGAAAGCUGAAAAUUGGCCUGGACAGGAAGGGGGUAAAAGUGUCCAGUCUGGAAAUUUUUUA